AUGGCCUCAUACUUACCGCAGAAAGAGUUUGAAACUGUCAACAUCUACAACUACGAUGAAGUCCCAGAAAACUCCUCCUGGGCAUCUGCUUUGCCUGUAGCAAAGGGAUUGUACAAUCCUGAAAACGAAAAAGACGCUUGUGGUGUUGGUUUCACUUGCCACCUUAGAGGAGAAACAUCCCACAAAAUUGUUUCUGAUGCUAAAAGCUUACUUUGUAACAUGACUCACAGAGGUGGUGAGUUGAACCCAAAGGAUGGUGACGGUGCUGGUUUGUUGUCUUCCAUACCCCAUAAGUUUUUGGUCAGAGAAUUCAAGUACCACUUUGGUGUGGACUUGCCACCAUUAGGCCAGUAUGGUACUGGUAAUGUCUUCUUUAAGAAAGACGAGGUUGUCUUCGAAAAAUCAAAGAAGACUUUUGAGAAAAUCGCCUCUUCUUUGGGCUUGAAGGUUUUGGGUUGGAGACAGGUCCCCCACGACUCUAGCAUUUUGGGCCCUGCUUCCUUGUCCAGAGAGCCUUACAUCUUACAACCAGCAGUGGUGCUUGCUGAAACUUUUGGCACGGACAUCACUCCAGAGGAAUUCGAGGCAAAAUACAAAAAGGACUUUGAAAAGAAGAUGUUCAUUUUGAGAAAACAAGCUUCUCACACAAUUGGCUUGCACAACUGGUUUUACAUUUGUUCUUUGUCAUCGAAGACAAUUGUUUACAAGGGUCAAUUAGCUCCUAACCAGGUUUAUGCUUACUAUUACGAUUUGGUUAAUGCUGACUACGAGGCUCAUUUUGCUCUUGUCCACUCACGUUUCUCAACUAAUACCUUCCCAUCGUGGGACAGAGCACAACCUUUGAGAAUUGCGGCUCACAAUGGUGAAAUCAACACCUUAAGAGGAAACAAGAAUUGGAUGAGAGCAAAAGAAGGUGUGAUGUCUUCAGAAUUGUUUGGUGAAGAAUUGGAAAAGUUGUUCCCCAUCAUUGAAGAAGGUGGCUCCGACUCUGCAGCAUUUGACAAUGUUUUGGAAUUGUUGGUGAUUAAUGGCGUUUUAUCCUUGCCUGAAGCCGUCAUGACCAUGAUUCCUGAAGCUUGGCAAAACGACAAGAACAUUGACAUGAAGAAAAAAGCAUUCUACGAGUGGGCUGCCUGUUUGAUGGAACCAUGGGAUGGCCCAGCAUUGUUCACUUUUGCCGAUGACAGGUACUGUGGUGCUAACUUGGAUAGAAACGGUUUGAGACCUUGUCGUUACUACGUUACCGACGACGAGAGAAUCAUUUGUGCUUCCGAAGUUGGUGUAAUUGAUGUCGAACCCGAGAAGGUUUUGCAAAAGGGUAGAUUGCAACCUGGUAGAAUGUUGUUGGUUGACACCAAAGAAGGAAGAAUUGUUGACGACCGUGAAUUAAAGAGCUCUGUCGCCUCGAGAUUCGACUUCAAGUCAUGGGUAACCGCAAACAUGAUUACCAUUGAUGACUUGUUUGCCAAGUUGUCCACAAGAGAUGUUGACUUGGACGACUACCACAUGACAGAAGAAGGCAGCAAGUCUGUUCAAACAGAUCCUCGUUUGAUUGCUUUUGGUUACUCCAACGAGCAAAUGAAUGUCAUUUUGGCUCCUAUGGCUGAAGCAAAGGAAGCUUUGGGCUCCAUGGGUAAUGAUGCUGCAUUGGCAUGUAUCUCUGAGCAGCCAAGAUUAUUGUACGAAUAUUUCCGUCAGUUGUUUGCUCAGGUUACCAACCCUCCAAUCGACCCUAUCAGAGAAGAGAUUGUCAUGUCCUUGGAAUGCUAUGUUGGUCCUCAAGGUAACUUGUUGGAAAUGAAGCCGAGCCAAUGUAACAGAUUGCUUUUGAAGUCCCCAAUCAUUUCCUCAAAGGAAUUAAAUGCCAUCAAACACAUGCAAAAGGUGUAUCCAACGUGGUCUGUGGCCAACAUUGACAUCACCUUCGAGAGAUCUGAGGGUAUUCAAGGUUACAUCAACAAGAUCGAAGAAGUUUGUCAAGAAGCUUCCAAAGCUAUCUCAGAGAACAAGAAGGUUAUCAUUUUGACAGACCGUGCUACAAGCUUCAACAGAAUUCCAAUCUCUGCCUUGAUUGCCACUGGUGCUGUGCACCAUCACUUGGUGAGACAAAAGCAGCGUUCUAAGGUUGCUAUAAUUGUUGAGACGGCUGAAGCAAGAGAAGUCCACCACACUUGUUGCUUGGUCGGUUACGGUGCUGAUGGUAUCAACCCAUACUUGGCUAUUGAGACAUUGUGCAAAAUGAGAGAUGAAGGAUUGUUGAAGGUGGAUUUCUCAAACGACAAAAUCAUCUCCAACUACAAGUCCGCUGUGAACGCUGGUAUCAUGAAAGUCAUGUCCAAGAUGGGUAUUUCGACCUUAGCGUCUUACAAGGGUGCCCAAAUUUUUGAGGCUUUGGGUAUUGACAACUCUGUUAUCGACAGAUGUUUUGCUGGUACUGCUUCCAGAAUCAAGGGUAUUACCUUUGAGUACAUCGCUCAAGAUGCCUUUUCCUUGCACGAAAGAGGUUACCCAUCUAGAGAAACUAUCAAGCCUAUUGCCUUGCCAGAAACAGGCGAAUACCACUGGAGAGACGGUGGCGAGAAGCAUGUCAACGAUCCUGCCGCCAUUGCUUCCAUGCAAGACGCCGUCAAGAACAAAAACGAGAAGGCUUACGAGGCAUACUCGAAGAAAGAGUAUGAUGCUAUCAAGCACUGUACUUUGAGAGGCUUGUUAGAUUUUGACUUCGAAUCUGCCACCCCGGUGCCAAUCGAUCAGGUCGAGCCAUGGACAGAAAUCGUCAGAAGAUUCUUUACAGGUGCCAUGUCUUACGGUUCCAUUUCUAUGGAAGCCCACUCUACUCUUGCUGUGGCUAUGAACAGAUUGGGUGGUAAGUCCAAUACCGGUGAAGGUGGUGAAGAUCCCGCAAGAUCUCAAGUCAAUGCUAAUGGUGACACCAUGAGAUCUUCCAUCAAGCAAAUUGCAUCUGGUAGAUUUGGUGUCACUUCCUUCUACUUAGCGGAUGCCGAUGAGUUGCAGAUUAAGAUGGCUCAAGGUGCUAAGCCUGGUGAAGGUGGUGAAUUGCCUGGCCACAAAGUGUCUGAGUCUAUUGGUAAAACUAGACAUUCUACUCCAGGUGUUGGUUUAAUCUCUCCACCUCCUCACCACGAUAUUUACUCCAUCGAGGACUUGAAACAAUUGUUGUAUGACUUGAAAUGUUCUAACCCAAGAGCAAGAACCUCAGUUAAGUUAGUCUCUGAAGUCGGUGUGGGUAUUGUUGCUGCUGGUGUUGCCAAGGCCGGUUCCGAGAACAUUUUGGUCUCUGGUGGUGAUGGUGGUACUGGUGCCGCCAAGUGGACUUCCGUCAAGUACGCAGGUUUGCCAUGGGAAUUGGGUCUUGCUGAGUCGCACCAAACCUUGGUGUUGAACGACUUGAGAGGAAGAGUUAUCUUGCAAACUGACGGUCAAAUCCGUACUGGUCGUGAUGUUGCCAUCGCUUGUUUGCUUGGUGCCGAAGAGUGGGGUUUUGCCACUACUCCUUUGAUUGCCAUGGGCUGUAUCAUGAUGAAGAAGUGUCAUCUUAACUCUUGUCCAGUUGGUAUUGCUACUCAGAACCCUGAGCUUAGAAAGAAGUUCAAAGGUACUCCAGAGUCCGUUAUCAACUUCUUCUACUACGUGGCCAAUGAGUUGAGACAGUACAUGGCCAAGUUGGGUUUCCGUACCAUCAACGAGAUGGUCGGUAAGACAGAGCUUUUGAAAGUCAGAGAUGACUUGAGAAACACAAAGAAUGCCAAUAUUGACUUGUCUCCUAUCUUGACUCCCGCACAUACCAUUAGACCAGGUGUGGCAACCCACUGUGUCAGAAAGCAAGACCACAAGUUGCAUGUCCGUCUUGACAACAAGUUGAUAGAUGAAUCCGAAUUGACUUUAUCGAAGGGCUUGCCUGUCACUAUCGACUGCAAUGUUGUUAACACUGACCGUUCUUUGGGAACUACUUUGUCUUACAGAGUGUCGAAGAUUUUCGGCGAACAAGGCUUGCCACAUGACACUAUUCAUGUCAACGUGAAAGGAUCUGCUGGUCAAUCGUUCGGUGCCUUCUUGGCAUCUGGUAUCACCUUGGAGUUGGAAGGUGACGCCAACGAUUACAUCGGUAAAGGUUUGUCUGGAGGUAGAAUCAUUGUCUAUCCACCUAAGGAGUCCAAGUUCAAGGCUGAAGACCAAAUUAUCGCUGGUAACACCGCUUUCUUUGGCGCUACUUCUGGUACCGCUUUCAUCAGAGGUAUUGCCGCCGAAAGAUUUGCUGUUAGAAACUCUGGAGCGGUUAUCGUCACUGAAGGUACCGGUGAUCAUGGCUGUGAGUACAUGUCUGGUGGUAGAGUUGUUGUCUUGGGUUCUACUGGUCGUAACUUCGCUGCCGGUAUGUGUGGUGGUAUUGCGUAUGUUUUGGAUAUGGCUCAAGAUUUCAUGACUAAGGUCAACUCUGAAACUGUCGAGUUAUCUUCAGUUACCGACCCUACUGAAAUUGCUUUCUUGAGAGGCUUGAUUGAAGACCACCGCCACUACACAGGCUCGGAAGUCUCUGACAACAUUUUGAACGAUUUCAACAGAAUAUUGCCAAGAUUCGUCAAGGUGUUGCCUCAUGACUACAAAAAGGUUCUUGAGAAGGAGAAACAGAAGCAAGAGGAGGCCAAGAAGAAUGAGUUGAACAACUUCUUGAAGUCCAUUAAGGAAGAUCCAGAGAGCGAUGCUACAAACGGUGAAGCCGCCAAGAUCAAGAGGGGUCAUGUGAACCAUGCCGCCAAGAGUGCAGCUCACGAGCCAAAGGUUUUGGAUCUCGAAGACACCAUCAAGGACACAGAAGUGGCUAAGAAGGCUGUAGCAAAGUUGGACAAGACUUUUGGCUUCAUGAAGUACAAGAGAAGAAACGAAAAGUACAGACCAGCCCAAGAGAGAACCAAGGAUUGGAACGAAAUGACCUCGCGUUUGACAAAGGAAGAGUUGCAGGUGGAGACCGCAAGAUGUAUGGACUGUGGUGUCCCAUUCUGUACCUCGGACACCGGAUGUCCUAUCUCCAACAUCAUCCCUAAAUGGAACGAGUUGGUGUUUAAGGACAGAUGGUACGAUGCUUUGCAGAGACUAAUGAUGACCAACAACUUCCCUGAGUUCACUGGAAGAAUUUGCCCAGCCCCAUGUAACGGUGCCUGUGUCGUUGGAAUCAAUGAUGACCCAGUCAACAUUAAGUCUGUUGAAUGUGCCAUUAUCGACCACGCUUUCGAGCAAGGCUGGAUCAAGCCAAACCCACCUCAACACAGAACUGGAAAGACAGUUGCCAUCAUUGGUUCUGGUCCUUCUGGUUUGGCUGCAGCAGACCAAUUGAACAGAGCUGGUCACUCGGUGACUGUGUACGAGAGAUCGGACAGACCAGGUGGUUUGUUGAUGUACGGUAUUCCUAACAUGAAAUUGGAUAAGCGUAUCGUGCAGAGAAGAACCGACUUGUUGGCCGCCGAAGGUGUCGAGUUCGUGUGCAACACCACUGUUGGCGAAGACAUUAGUGCUGAAGAAUUGAAAGCUACGAACGAUGCGGUCAUUUUUGCUGUUGGUUCCACCAUUCCAAGAGACUUGAAGAUCCCUGGCCGUGAUUUGAAGAACAUUGACUUUGCUAUGAAGUUGUUACACUCCAACACCAAGGCUUUGUUGGAUGGCACGUUAGAGGAAAUCAGAAAGACUAUUGCCGGUAAGAAUGUUGUGGUUAUUGGUGGUGGUGACACUGGUAAUGAUUGCUUGGGUACCUCUACUAGACAUGGAGCCAAGUCUGUCACCAACUUUGAAUUGUUGCCACUCCCACCAAACGCUCGUCCAAAGGACAACCCAUGGCCUCAAUGGCCAAGAGUCUUCAGAGUCGACUAUGGUCACACUGAGGUUGCUACUCAUUAUGGCAAGGACCCAAGAGAGUACUCGAUUUUGUCCAAGGAGUUUGUUGGUGACGAAGAAGGCAACGUCAAGGGUAUUAAUACCGUGAGAGUCGAAUGGAAGCGUUCUGACUCGGGCGCAUGGCAAAUGGCUGAGGUUCCAGGUUCUGAAGAAUUUUUCCCAGCUGAGGUUGUCUUGUUAUCUAUGGGUUUCGUUGGUCCUGAUGCCGACAAGCUUCAGGUUAACAAAACCAAGAGAGGCACCAUCGGUACUACUGAUCCUAGUGGCUACAGAGUGUCUGCUAACGAAAACGUGUUUGCUGCUGGUGAUUGCAGAAGAGGUCAAUCUUUGGUUGUGUGGGGUAUUCAAGAAGGCAGACAGUGUGCCAAGGAGGUUGAUGUCUACUUGAUGGGCACCACGAGAUUGCCAGGUAACGGUUCUAUUGAACAGCGUGACUUUAAACUUUUGGAAGAGUUGGCUGAGAAGAUCUAG